CUUGUUUGUCCCUCCGGCCGCCCCGUCCCAGCUGCUCUCUCUCUGCUGCCACGUCACACGGCUCGGCCAAACAUGGCGUUCACGCUGUACACCCUGCUCCAGGCCGCCCUGCUGUGUGUCAAUGCGGUGGCCGUGCUGCACGAGGAGCGCUUCCUGAGCAAAAGUAAGGGCGGGGAGUAAAGGGUUAACACCUGGGAAACCAAGGGGAGGGCGUGGCCUGCAUCCAUAAUGUACCUGUACAGAGCAGGAGGGCAGGAGAAUAUAAUGUACCUGUACAGAGCAUGAGGGUAGGAGAAUAUAAUGUACCUGUACAGAGCAUGAGGGUAGGAGAAUAUAAUGUACCUGUACAGGGCAGUAAGAUAGGAGAAUAUAAUGUACCUGUACAGAGCAGGAGGGUAUGAGAAUAUAAUGUACCUGUACAGGGCAGUAAGAUAGGAGAAUAUAAUGUACCUGUACAGAGCAGGAGGGUAGGAGAAUAUAAUGUACCUGUACAGAGCAGGAGGGUAGGAGAAUAUAAUGUACCUGUACAGGGCAGUAAGAUAGGAGAAUAUAAUGUACCUGUACAGGGCAGUAAGAUAGGAGAAUAUAAUGUACCUGUACAGAGCAGGAGGGUAUGAGAAUAUAAUGUACCUGUACAGGGCAGUAAGAUAGGAGAAUAUAAUGUACCUGUACAGGGCAGUAAGAUAGGAGAAUAUAAUGUACCUGUACAGAGCAGGAGGGUAGGAGAAUAUAAUGUACCUGUACAGAGCAGGAGGGUAGGAGAAUAUAAUGUACCUGUACAGAGCAGGAGGAUAGGAGAAUAUAAUGUACCUGUACAGAGGAGGAGGGUAGGAGAAUAUAAUGUACCUGUACAGAGCAGGAGGGUAGGAGAAUAUAAUGUACCUGUACAGAGCAGGAGGGUAGGAGAAUAUAAUGUACCUGUACAGAGUAGGAGGGUAGGAGAAUAUAAUAUACCUGUACAGAGCAGGAGGGUAGGAGAAUAUAAUGUACCUGUACAGAGCAGGAGGGUAGGAGAAUAUAAUGUACCUGUACAGAGCAGGAGGGUAGGAGAAUAUAAUGUACCUGUACAGAGCAGGAGGGUAGGAGAAUAUAAUGUACCUGUACAGAGCAGGAGGGUAGGAGAAUAUAAUGUACCUGUACAGAGCAGGAGGGUAGGAGAAUAUAAUGUACCUGUACAGAGCAGGAGGGUAGGAGAAUAUAAUGUACCUGUACAGAGCAGGAGGGUAGGAGAAUAUAAUGUACCUGUACAGGGCAGUAAGAUAGGAGAAUAUAAUGUACCUGUACAGAGCAGGAGGAUAGGAGAAUAUAAUGUACCUGUACAGGGCAGGAGGGUAGGAGAAUAUAAUGUACCUGUACAGGGCAGGAGGGUAUGAGAAUAUAAUGUACCUGUACAGAGCAGGAGGGUAGGAGAAUAUAAUGUACCUGUACAGGGCAGUAAGAUAGGAGAAUAUAAUGUACCUGUACAGAGCAGGAGGAUAGGAGAAUAUAAUGUACCUGUACAGGGCAGUAAGAUAGGAGAAUAUAAUGUACCUGUACAGAGCAGGAGGGUAGGAGAAUAUAUUGUAUCUGUACAGAGCAGGAGGGUAGGAGAAUAUAAUGUACCUGUACAGAGCAGGAGGGUAGGAGAAUAUAUUGUAUCUGUACAGAGCAGGAGGGUAGGAGAAUAUAAUGUAUCUGUACAGGGCAGGAGGGUAGGAGAAUAUAAUGUACCUGUACAGAGCAGGAGGGUAGGAGAAUAUAAUGUACCUGUACAGGGCAGUAAGAUAGGAGAAUAUAAUGUACCUGUACAGAGCAGGAGGAUAGGAGAAUAUAAUGUACCUGUACAGGGCAGUAAGAUAGGAGAAUAUAAUGUACCUAUACAGAGCAGGAGGGUAGGAGAAUAUAUUGUAUCUGUACAGAGCAGGAGGUCAGGAGAAUAUAAUGUACCUGUACAGAGCAGGAGGGUAGGAGAAUAUAAUGUACCUAUACAGAGCAGGAGGGUAGGAGAAUAUAUUGUAUCUGUACAGAGCAGGAGGUCAGGAGAAUAUAAUGUACCUGUACAGGGCAGGAGGGUAGGAGAAUAUAAUGUACCUGUACAGGGCAGUAAGAUAGGAGAAUAUAAUGUACCUGUACAGAGCAGGAGGAUAGGAGAAUAUAAUGUACCUGUACAGGGCAGGAAGAUAGGAGAAUAUAAUGUACCUGUACAGAGCAGGAGGGUAGGAGAAUAUAAUGUACCUGUACAGGGCAGUAAGAUAGGAGAAUAUAAUGUACCUGUACAGAGCAGGAGGAUAGGAGAAUAUAAUGUACCUGUACAGGGCAGGAGGGUAGGAGAAUAUAAUGUACCUGUACAGAGCAAGAGGAUAGGAGAAUAUAAUGUACCUGUACAGAGCAGGAGGAUAGGAGAAUAUAAUGUACCUGUACAGGGCAGUAAGAUAGGAGAAUGUAAUGUACAUGUACAGAGCAGGAGGGUAGGAGAAUAUAAUGUACCUGUACAGAGCAGGAGGAUAGGAGAAUAUAAUGUACCUGUACAGGGCAGUAAGAUAGGAGAAUGUAAUGUACCUGUACAGAGCAGGAGGAUAGGAGAAUAUAAUGUACCUGUACAGGGCAGUAAGAUAGGAGAAUAUAAUGUACCUGUACAGAGCAGGAGGGUAGGAGAAUAUAAUGUACCUGUACAGAGCAAGAGGAUAGGAGAAUAUAAUGUACCUGUACAGAGCAGGAGGAUAGGAGAAUAUAAUGUACCUGUACAGGGCAGUAAGAUAGGAGAAUAUAAUGUACCUGUACAGAGCAGGAGGGUAGGAGAAUAUAUUGUAUCUGUACAGAGCAGGAGGGUAGGAGAAUAUAAUGUACCUGUACAGAGCAGGAGGGUAGGAGAAUAUAUUGUAUCUGUACAGAGCAGGAGGGUAGGAGAAUAUAAUGUACCUGUACAGAGCAGGAGGGUAGGAGAAUAUAAUGUACCUGUACAGAGCAGGAGGAUAGGAGAAUAUAAUGUACCUGUACAGAGGAGGAGGGUAGGAGAAUAUAAUGUACCUGUACAGAGCAGGAGGGUAGGAGAAUAUAAUGUACCUGUACAGAGCAGGAGGGUAGGAGAAUAUAAUGUACCUGUACAGAGUAGGAGGGUAGGAGAAUAUAAUAUACCUGUACAGAGCAGGAGGGUAGGAGAAUAUAAUGUACCUGUACAGAGCAGGAGGGUAGGAGAAUAUAAUGUACCUGUACAGAGCAGGAGGGUAGGAGAAUAUAAUGUACCUGUACAGAGCAGGAGGGUAGGAGAAUAUAAUGUACCUGUACAGAGCAGGAGGGUAGGAGAAUAUAAUGUACCUGUACAGAGCAGGAGGGUAGGAGAAUAUAAUGUACCUGUACAGAGCAGGAGGGUAGGAGAAUAUAAUGUACCUGUACAGAGCAGGAGGGUAGGAGAAUAUAAUGUACCUGUACAGGGCAGUAAGAUAGGAGAAUAUAAUGUACCUGUACUGGGCAGGAGGGUAGGAGAAUAUAAUGUACCUGUACAGAGCAGGAGGAUAGGAGAAUAUAAUGUACCUGUACAGAGCAGGAGGGUAGGAGAAUAUAAUGUACCUGUACAGGGCAGUAAGAUAGGAGAAUAUAAUGUACCUGUACAGAGCAGGAGGAUAGGAGAAUAUAAUGUACCUGUACAGGGCAGGAGGGUAGGAAAGAAAUGUACCUGUACAGAGCAGGAGGGUAUAAUAUAAUGUACCUACAGGGCAGUAAGAUAGGAGAAUAUAAGAGCAGGAGUGUACCUGUAUAUAUUGUACAGAGCAGGAGGAUAUACGUACCUGUACAGAGCAAGAGGAUAUAUACCGUACCCAAAACAGAAAGCAGGAGUGGUAGGAGAAUAUAAUGUACCUGUACAGGGCAGGAAGAUAGGAGAAUAUAAUGUACCUGUACAGAGCAGGAGGGUAGGAGAAUAUAUUGUAUCUGUACAGAGCAGGAGGGUAGGAGAAUAUAAUGUACCUGUACAGAGCAGGAGGGUAGGAGAAUAUAAUGUACCUGUACAGAGCAGGAGGGUAGGAGAAUAUAAUGUACCUGUACAGAGCAGGAGGGUAGGAGAAUAUAAUGUACCUGUACAGAGCAGGAGGGUAGGAGAAUAUAAUGUACCUGUACAGAGCAGGAGGGUAGGAGAAUAUAAUGUACCUGUACAGAGCAGGAGGGUAGGAGAAUAUAAUGUACCUGUACAGAGCAGGAGGGUAGGAGAAUAUAAUGUACCUGUACAGAGCAGGAGGGUAGGAGAAUAUAAUGUACCUGUACAGGGCAGGAGGGUAGGAGAAUAUAAUGUACCUGUGCAGGGCAUGAGGGUAGGAGAAUAUAAUGUACCUGUACUGGGCAGGAGGGUAGGAGAAUAUAAUGUACCUGUACAGAGCAGGAGGAUAGGAGAAUAUAAUGUACCUGUACAGAGCAGGAGGGUAGGAGAAUAUAAUGUACCUGUACAGGGCAGUAAGAUAGGAGAAUAUAAUGUACCUGUACAGAGCAGGAGGGUAGGAGAAUAUAUUGUAUCUGUACAGGGCAGGGGGAUAUGGGAAUCUAAGGGAUGGGAAGAAGGUCACUGGCGGAGCGGAGAGACCGAGAACAGGCAUAUCUAUAAAUCAGGGUAGAAAUGUAAGAGGGGCUAGAGUUGGUUAGAACUUUAUAGGUAAGGGUUAUAUAUCAUUGGAUGGGUUGAUAUACUGGGUUAAACAGAGAAUAUAAUAUGGGCAAUGGAUGGGUUGGAAAUGCUGGGUUACACAGAAAAUAAUGUGGGCAUGAGAUACAUUAGGAUAUGCUAGGUUGCACAGAAAAUAUAAUGCGGCACUGGAUGGGUUGAUAUGCUUGGUUGCGCUGAGAAUAUAAUGUGGCAUUGGAUGAGCUGACAUGCUGGGUUGCACAGAAAAUAUAAUGCGGCAUUGGAUGGGUUGACAUGCUGGGUUGCACAGAGUAUAUAAUGUGGCAUUGGAUUAGCUGACAUGCUGGGUUGCGCUGAGAAUAUAAUGCGGCAUUGGAUGGGUUGACAAGCUGGGUUGCGCUGAGAAUAUAAUGCGGCAUUGGAUGGGUUGACAAGCUGGGUUGCGCUGAGAAUAUAAUGCGGCAUUGGAAGGGUUGACAAGCUGGGUUGCACAGAGAAUAUAAUGUGGCAUUGGAUGAGCUGACAUGCUGGGUUGCGCUGAGAAUAUAAUGUGGCAUUGGAUGGGUUGAUAUGCUGGGUUGCGCUGAGAAUAUAAUGUGGCAUUGGAUGGGUUGAUAUGCUGGAUUGCAUACGAUGGGUUGAUAUGAGAAAUUUCACAAAGAGAAUAACUGUAAUGUGUACAUAGGGAAGUUCACACAGAGCAUGUAAUUUGUGAAUGGAAUUGAUAUGGUGGGUACCAGGGAAUAUAAUGUAUGCAUGGGUUUGCUUUAUAUGGUGACUCACACAGGCAUUUAAUAUGCCCCCCUGGAGAAGGUUCACUAAGUAUAAAAUACACACAUUGGUUGGGUUGGCACACAGCUGUCAUAUCUCGCAACAAUAUAUACAUGAAGUAGGUUAAACUGCAAUGUUUUCAUUUCUUCAACCACCAUCAAUCAGUAGAGCUGCCUACAGGGUCAUUCACUAAACCAUGAUUUUUAAUCACAGUGGCAAACAGAACCUUACAUAGCCUAGCUGUGGUUAUUGCUGAGAUAAAGAAUUUUACAAAACUAUAGUUAUUAAGAGGCCAAAUAUGACGUAAUUGUUUUAUAUUUGCAGUUGGAUGGGGAGCAGAUCACGGGAUUGGAGGAUUUGGAGAUGAACCAGGAAUCAAAUCUCAGCUGAUGAAUCUUGUACGAUCUGUACGAACAGUAAUGCGAGGUAAAAUGUGCAUUGUUAGGAAUUGACCAGGGAAUUUUAUAUUUUGGGCUUAAUAGCUUGGAUUGAAGAAUUCUUUAACACUACACUAUUUUCCAAUUCUGCUAUUUUGUCCUAAAAUUUGCAAUUCCAAGUAAUAUUAUAUCGUUUACAAUUCUGUUUUGUUUCUAGUAUAAGUUUCUUAAGGAAAUGUAACUACAUGUUGUCUUUCAACUAUUGCCUUCCCCUGCCAUGUAAUGAAUUUUAUGAGUUCAACCAUCAUUCAAGUAGUGGGUUGUAAAAAGGAAUGUUUGAGCAAUCUUCAUUAUUUGUUUAGCUUUCAAGAAAAAAAAGACCAUAAGGAACAGGUAUCGCAAGAUUUUUAUUUGAAGAGCACAAAUGUAAUCAAAUUCUCAUUAACUCCAUGAGUGCCUUUAGAGUUGUUUUUUCCUGUACAUACUGGAGGCCACUGCUUAUGCUAUAUUUUGUUGUUGUUGUGCAGUUACAGAUUACUAGGGCAUUACUCGUUUGAGCAUACAUAGUCUAAUGAACUGUCCAAUCAGAUGAUGUUUCUCUAUGAGAAGCAUUUGAUUGGGCCCUGGAUAAACUGGCGUGAUGACAGAAUGGGUGUGGAAUUGAAGUGAGAAGGACAUUUCUUGCCAUGGAUUCAUGCUAAGUUUCAAUAUUUUUAACCCCUUAAGGACACAGCUUCAGAAAUAAAAGGGAAUCAUGACGCAAUAUUUCAGUCACGUGUCCUUAAGGGGUUAAAAGAAUUCUAAAUACAAUAAGGGUUGGACAAGAUCUGUAGGGCAUUCUAAAGCUAGUGACACAUUGACAUUAAAAGGGUAAUACUGACUCUUUAGUUUUACCUUAUUUUGGAUUUCAUCAAGUAGUUACUGAUCCUAUUUACAAGGAGUGCUUCACAAAACCUAAAAUCCACAAAGAAUAUUGUUGUUUGAAACGUAACACCCCAGUUUGUUUUUACACAUUUAAUGCAACUGGUUAAUGACUAAACCGUGCUUUAGAUUUUUUUUAUCCAUUGUGUCUGUGAAUUUUGAAAUAUUGCAUUUCCAAGGAUGUUAUUGCAUCACAAAUGCAAAUCUCAUAGAAUUAGAAGUAUUGACUAAUUAUCCCAAAAUCUAGUGAUCCCAGUGAACAUUGUAACACACUGUGAGUGUCAGUUCAUGAUGUGCUAGGCAUAAUUGUGAUCCUUUCUGGAGUUUUUUUGUUCAUUAUUUGCUUGCCACAUCACCUACCCAGAGUGGGUUUUAUAAGUUUUGCGGGAUGUCAGUAGAGAGUCCUUUUUUUUUUGACAGAAUGGCAUUUAUUAUAUAUUAGUUUUAUCGGUGCACUGCUCUUUUUUUAAAGUGAUGUCCAGUGCUAAGGAUGUGUGGAAAAGGUACCAGUACCGGUCAGAGUAGAUGUAAAAACAAAAAAAAUCAAUCCAUUUAUUAUGUGAUUAAUUAAAUAUGCCACAAAAGAUCAAAGGAGUUGCAGCUCUAAAGUCUCACACAUGGAUAUUUAGUUGAAUACGUAAUCUUUUAUUUCAUAACUUUUGUCUAUUCUGGGGGGUGGGGGGAAUCAAGUGUAAGUGUUUGUAAGAGCAAACAGUGAAAUUUAACUUCUCUUUGCGAUCCUCAAACCUGGGUGUAAAAAAAUACAUAUAAAUAGAAAAGUAAAUACCUGGUUUUCAGAAAUAUAUAACCACAAUUUUUCCCUGUCAGAUAAGACUGGAGAGCAUAAAAUAAAACAUUAAACAUUUUUUUAUUAAUAAAAAUAUAUAUUAAACACAAGAAAAUAUAUUAUGGGGUCCAUUGGACCUCGAAACACCUGUCAAAUAGUCACCACCUCAUGUAUCUAAUCCCUUUAAUAGGGCUAAGGCCUGCAUGAUUUCCAUUUUUAUUUAUUUCUAUGAUAUAAAAAGAGUUGAACAUCUGUCUCACUUUUAGUGCUGUAGAAACAUAGAAUGUGAUGGCAGAUAAGAACCAUUCGGUUCAUCUGCAUAAGUAAUUGCCUCAUGUAUGCUAUCUGUAUAAAUUCCCUGCCUUUUCAUUUAUCUGUUAGAUGCUGAUGGUUGUUAAUCAGGAACCAAAUGUACAACUUUAGAAGAUAGUGUUUUGUUUCGAAAUGUAUAAAGAAGCUUUAAAAUAUUAUGGUUGGGUGGUGUUAUCUGAUUGUCGGUUAAAUCCUUGUAUUUACAAUACUGCAUGUAAUGUAAAUAAUGAAAUGUAAUCUAAUUACAUUGCAUAACAUUUGACAGUCCAGAAGAAAACUUGCAAAGUCUUUAAUUAUUUAGUGGGUGGAGUAGAAAGUUCUCUCUCCAUACGGCUACCAUUGUUAUUAUUUGUAAUAUCCAUGUUUUACGUUACUGUAAGCACUAAAGACAUCUCUUGUUUAAAGACAGUGUCAGGCUUCUUUAACAGUUAGUAUGUUAUUGAGGUGGUACAGUUAGUGUGCUACAUUUUAGUGAGAAGUAAAACAUUGUAACCAUUGUAAAAAGGUGGCUGACUGGCUUUAGUGCAUCACUCCCACGUGUCCCUAUUUAGCUGGGAGAAACAGACAAUAUUUUGAGCUCAAAUCCCUCUGUCACCUCUUUCUAUCCAAACACUCUUCUUUUAUAGAAACAUAGACUGUGACUGCAGAUAAGAACCAUUCAGCCCAUCUAGUCUGCCCAAUUUUCUAAAUACUUUCAUUAGCCCCUGGCCUUAUCUUAUAGUUAGGAUAGCCUUAUGCCUAUCCCACGCAUUCUUAAACUCCUUGACUGUGUUAACCUCUACCACUUCAGCUGGAAGGCUAUUCUAUGCAUCCACUACCCUCUCAGUAAAGUAAUACUUCCUGAUAUUAUUUUUAAACCUUUGUCUCUCUAAUUUAAGACGAUGUCCUCUUGUUGUGGUACUUUUUCUUCUUUUAAAUAUGGUAUCCUCCUUUACUGUGUUGACUUCCUUUAUGUAUUUAAAUGUUUCUAUCGUAUCCUCCCUGUCUCGUCUUUCCUCCAAGCUAUACAUGUUAAGAUCCUUUAACCUUUCCUUGUAAGUUUUACCCUGCAAUCCAUGAACCAGUUUAGUAGCCCUUCUCUCAACUCUCUCUAAAGUAUCAAUAUCCUUCUGGAGAUAUGAUCUGCGUACAAUACUCCAAGUGAGGUCUCACCAGUGUUCUGUACAGUGGCAUGAGCACUUCCCUCUUUCUACUGCUAAUACCUCUCUCUGUACAACCAAGUAUUCUGCUAGCAUUUCCUGCUGUUCUAUUACAUUGUUUGCCUACUUUUAAGUAUUCUGAAAUAAUUACCCCUAAAUCCCUUUCCUCGGAUGUUGAGGUUAGAACUCUAUCAAAUAUUCUGUACUCUGCCCAUGGGUUUUUACGUCCAAGAUGCAUUAACUUGCACUUAUCCACAUUAAAUGUCAGUUGCCACAAUUCUGACCAUUUUUCUAGUUUACCUAAAUCAUUUGCCAUUUGGCUUAUCCCUCCUGGAACAUCAACCCCGUUACAUAUCUUAGUAUCAUCAGCAAAAUGGCAUACCUUUUAAAAGAGAGCAAUUUUGUCUAUUAAGACCUAACUCCUGGUCUCAAUGAGUGUAGCAUUUACCCUAAAGAAAAGCUUAACGCAUUUGGUGCCUAGACACGUAUGAAACUCCUUGUGUUUGUUGUAAAAAAUUUUUAUUUCUAUAUUUUUCUAACACAAAGAUAUUUGAAAUUGGGUUCUUUGUGCUGUUCUUGUGCAUUUACUUCCCACUUUUAUUCUUAGUCUUGCCCUACAUGUUCUUCUUGACAUGUUCACUUUAACUAUAAUAAACCAUUUAGCUGGAUUUCUACAUAUGCGUCCAUGCUACAAUACUGAAGGAAAGUGCACCAAUGUUGCUUAAAACGCAAAUAUAGCAGUUGACCCCUUUCUACAGGGAUCACCUUUAAAAUUCAGCCAGGGUCCUCUUUCUUCCAAGACAAGUAUGCUUGUGGAGCAACAAUUUCAGUCUGUGGGGUGGAGGGGUCAAGACCUUCCAGCUGUAUACUUUAUAUGUUUAAUAAAUGUAAACAUUUAUCUUAACUGGUUGUCCUUUUAUUUUUUACAGUGCCACUAAUUGUAGUCAACUCUGUAACCAUCGUGCUUCUGUUGCUGUUUGGCUAAACAAUUAAUUGUGGACCCGAUGAAGGAACAUCAACGGAAGAACAAAAAAAAAAAAGCUAUAAGAUAGAAACAUCAGCUUUUAAAAUAAUAGCGGUUCCUUAAUGGGGAGUGGGAGGGAGGCCUUAAAUAUGGAUGUGUUGAUAUGUAUGGAGGUACCUAUUGAUGCUAUGUACUCUUAACGAAGGGCAACGUCACAACUAUAUGGAAUGCUCAGGCUAUCAUCAUCUUGGUUCAAUGACCCACCAACAGAAAGACCAAACUAUACAUUCUGAUGAAUCCCGGACAGUUCUCUGUUGUUGAGCUGUAAUAAACAAUGGGUGUUAUGAUUUUGAACAUGUACAAUAAGAUUGUGUCAAGCACUCCAUUGUUUCACAAGUGAGAGCCUGAAUAAAAUACAGAUCCAUGACAUACCCUGGUGCAUUGAUUUUCAUAGGGACCAAAUAUGAACUGUAAACUUGACUAUCUGGAGACUUUCCUCUUAGACCACAUUAUUUCUUCAAAAUGUGUAUGUUAAGCUCUGCCAUUCUGUAUUUUUAAAUUCGUUUUUUCCAGAUAUUUGGGGGAAUCAAAUAACCACUCAGGAUUAGUCGGUGUUGCUUCAUUAACCCCUUAAGGACACAUGACAUGUGUGACAUGUCUUGAUUCCCUUUUAUUCCAGAAGUUUGGUCCUUAAGGGGUUAAUUCUUGUUGGAUAAAAUCAUGUUUACAGCCCACUCUCGUGUAUUGUAAUAUAAUGUACAAUUUUCUUACUCUAUGAUGUUGUAUUAGCAGUUUUUUUCCUUCCUAAACAAUAAAUUCUGCUUUUAUGUGCAAACUCAUAAUGCUAUUUUUAGUGAAUUUAAGAUUCCACUUUGUAUAGCAGUAGCUGACCUUUGCAAGUUUUAUUUCAGAACGGGAUAUUCGCUUUAUUAACCUACCUGUGUUUAUGUAAAUUACAAAAAGUGAUCUUGAAACACAGUUGUAUAAUUUUGAUCAGGAGAUUUAGUUUUAAAGGAUUAGUUAUGAAUAAUAGCAUAGUAUAGGUGGGUGCCUACAAAGAAUUGUAGUGAAAUCACUUAUGGAAAUGUUAUUCUCACUCCUCAUAAAAUAACAUAUAUGAUCUGUAUACAAAUUCAUGAUAAAGUGUAUAUAUAGAAACACAUCUCCAACAAUGUUUGCAUCAGACAGCGGACAGUGUUUUUGUUUUGUAUUUUAUUAUUAUAUGUGAAUAUAAAAUCUGUGCCGUGGAAUAUUGUUUUUACUUACAUAAUAUAGGCUAGUUUUUUUUAUAUAGAAUAUAAAGGGGUUGAAUGUAAUGUGGAGCUAAUAUAUAAAUCAAAUAAUGCAGAAAAAAUAUAUAACAAGCUAGUAUCUAAAUGCUAAUAGCUUGAAACACUGCACAUAAUGAGAUAUUGGUAAUUGUGUAAAGGAGCUAGCUGCACCCACAGCACACGUGGCGUUAGCAGUCCUGAACUCAUGCAAGGGGAAGCUAGCUAUCCACCUCCUAAUCUCCCUCCACUGCAAGCAGUUAUUUAUUUAUAAAAAACAAAACAAAAAAAACUUCUGCUUUCCUCCCCUCGCCAGCCUGGGGCACGCACAUGCGCUCUGUGCUGCCAAUAGAUCCAAUCACAGGCUUUUCUAUAAGUAGCCUAUGAUUGCGCUGUGCAGGCCCCUGUGACAUUGGAGGUGGCGGGAAAAGUCAGUGCCAGGAGUUUCACCCAGGUUGGUGUAUUCCAGGUAAGUAAAAACAUUUUUUUUUUUUUUUUUCCAAGACCUCCAUAGUGCCCAACACUGUAUAUAACACCGGAACAGAACCCCUCCUCUAAAUGGUUAAUGUAACCCUUUAAGAAUGUAUUCUGCACAUUUGUAAGUUUGUUUUUUUUUGUUGUUGUUUUUGUUGCACUUAAUUUUCUAAAUGCACAUUUAUCAAAGCUAUUUUGAAACGUAACAAUUAAAUCUCUAGAUGCAGUAUUUGAAACUUUGGCUGGUUUUGGUACUGUGAAUAUGGCAA